AUGGAGUAUACGCUAAUUAAGGACAUACGCCCCGGACAGAAAAACAUCAACGUGGUGUUCAUCAUUCUUGAGAUCAGUCAUCCUACCAUCACCAAAGACAACCGCGAAGUUCGAACAUUCAAAGUUGCCGACAGCACAGCAUGUAUUAACGUAUCAAUUUGGGAUGAACCUGGUACACUUUUACAACCUGGAGACAUAGUGAGACUAAGCAAAGGUUAUGCUUCAAUCUGGAGACAAUGCCUCACUUUGUAUUCUGGUAAAAAUGGAGACAUUCAGAAAAUUGGUGAUUUCUGCAUGGUUUUCAAUGAGCAAUUGAACAUGAGCGAGCCUAACCCAUCUCUUGCUAUUGAGAUAAGUAAUCGUGGUUCAUCUGGCAACAAUAAUGCUUCAAACAAUGGCAAUGACAAGAGUGGACCACCAGUAAGAAAUCUUAGGACGACGCAAAAUAGCGCAGCAUCAGCCUCAACAUCCUCGACUGCCAAUACUUUGGCAUCCUCGAGCAAAGGUGGCAAUGGUGGAAAUACUUCGUCGCAGGGCUCUGCAGGUAAUUCUUCGACAUCAACGAGCAGCGCGUCAUCGUCAGCGGCACCAGCAGUAGCAACAACGAGUAGUGGUGGCAAAACAGCAAAAAGCGGAUCUCGUGGUCGUGGCAGCUACAACAGAAACGGUUCGCGUUCCGAACGCAGAUAA